AUGUUGUUCCUUCCUGUUGGAUUCAUCCUUUUCCUUGUAGUGAUCGUGAUUUAUUUUUUGAUACGGAUCUAUAUCAUUCAAGGACCCACUACGAAUGCUCUUUCUGAAUCAUUGAGGAACCCUUCUCACAGAUUAUAUAAUAUUCUCAUUACUGGUUGUUCCGAUGGUAUUGGAAGAUUUUGUGCGGAAGAAUUCUAUCGGCAUGGAAUGAGAGUUUUUAUGGCGUGUCGGAAUGAAGAAAAAACUCGACGAGUCAUGCAAGAAAUUGUCAAUCAUUGUGAAAAUUUUGAUUUGAAAGGAGAAUUACAUUUUUUGAAAUUAAAUCUUGAUGAAAUGGAGAGUGUCAAGCAAAUUGCUGACGAAUUUUUGAAGAGUGGAUAUGUGUUGGAUGUUCUAAUUAAUAAUGCUGGAAGUUUAUUGAGUGAAAUUAGCUUUACAUCGAGGAAGCAGCCACAUGUGGAAACAAUGUUUCAGAGAAAUGUUCUUGGUCAUCACUUGUUGACAGAAUUAUUAUGGAAUAAUUUGGAGAGUAAUGUGAAUGGAGCACGAGUGGUGAAUGUGGCUUCGAAUGCUCAUCAGUUUGUGAGCGAGAGAGAUUUCAUUGUUGUGUCGCAAAGAAGCAACUCAUCACCCAAACAACAACUUUCAUUGUCUCAAUAUGUGAAAGAGCCAAGAACAAGAUUUCUUCCCAACAUCCUUUCUACAUUUGAAGUGAACAAGCAAUAUGGAUUGACUAAAUUGUGCAAUAUUUAUCAAACACAUUAUUUUCAUGAGGAGAAAAUUAAGAAUAAUCCAAAGAGUAAGGUCACCAUUAAUUGCUGUCAUCCUGGAGCAAUUAAAAGUGCCUUCUCAACACAAUUUGCUGGAGCCUUGCCGUUUAUAUUGUCCAAAGUCUUCUCGCUGAUUGAAUAUUUGUUUUUUAAGGACACAAAACAAGGAUCACAAAAUACCAUUCAUUUGGCAUUUUCGAAACAAGUGGCGGGCAUAUCAGGUCAGUAUUUCGAUGAUUUGAAAAUUGCCAGACCAUCUUCUGCUGCCCUCAACAACACUCUCUACGCGGAUUAUGUGAAAAUUUGUAAUGAAAUGUGCCAACCAUUUCUUUAUUAA